AUGCUGACUCAGCACCUCUCGCGACGUGUGACACGCCAUUUGGUGGCUCGAGCGUUCGGUAUGGCGCUGCGCGGCAAGGAAGACUGGCUGAUCGACUUUUUGCGGCGCGAGCGGCAGGCGCAACACGAUACGUCGCGCCCGCUGAUUGUGGGUUUACAGGGACCCCAGGGUAGUGAUCUGUAUCUGCCGCAUACCGAGAUGCGCGCUGUAGCCGAGGCACACCCCCACUUUCCCCUGCUGCAGGGCCGUGGCCAGCCAGGGACGCACGAUGUCGCACUUGGCGCGCAUCUACUGCAGGCGCUGCGCAGGAAUGAGCGUGUAUCUGUGCCGGUGUAUGACAAGAGCGCACACGGUGGGGAGGGCGAUCGUGAGCCGAUGCUGCGGGCGCUACCGUAUCCUGUCGAUGUGGUGCUAUUCGAGGGGUGGUGCCUUGGCUUCCAGUCGCGUGCGCGCGACGACCUCGCGCGUGCUCUCGCUGACGCGGGGCCGCACACGUCGUACGCAUCGUGCUCCAUCGAUGAGCUCGCAUGGAUCAGUGCGGAGCUGCACCGCUGGGAAACUGACUGGUACCCUCUCCUCGAUGCGUUUGUGCAGUUCGUGCCCCACGCCGAAGGCGGUGCAAGCCCCUGGUCCCUCGUAUACCCUUGGCGUUUGGAGGCGGAGCAUGCGAUGAAGGCACGCAACGGCGGGCAUGGGAUGAGCGACGAGCAAGUUUGGGCCUUUGUACAGCGGUAUUUGCCGAGCUACGAACUAUUCAGCCACGAUAUGCGGACGGCGCCCGUGUGGCCGGGGCACUGCCUGUGCCUCGUCAUCGGGGCAGACCGCCGGGCACAGAGGUGUUUUCCCGGUCUAUAA